AUGACCGAUCCAUCCGACGCCUGUGUGGCAUGUAGCUGGACACCUGACCAGCAAGAGCAGUGUUUCUAUACAAGCCACGUCAAGCUCUUCCACGCCGCAAGCAAGCGGGGCGUCUGGUGCAUCGGCUCCGACGUGAUUAUGAAAGAACGCCCCGACCAAGGCCCAAAGACCGAAGUCCAGACGCUGAAUUACCUGGCGAACUACCCCGAAAUUCCAGCUCCGAUUAUCCUUCGAGAUUGGGCCUGGGCUGAGUUGACAGAGGCCCAGAAAAUCGCCAUCGCAGACCAAGUUGUGGAUGUCCGCGAGAAGCUGCGAGAGCUCGCGUCGACGGCGAUGCAGGGCGUCGGCGGAGGUCCCUGUUACCCGGGCCUGCUCUUCUCCGACAGGGAACCACACGGACCGUUUCACUCUGACCUUGAGCUAAGGGGGGCUUUGAAUCUCAACAUCCAGGCUCGGGGUCUCCCUAAUCACGUCUUGGAGAAUCUGGGGAAGCUUCUACCCCAGUGCCGCCCAUAUGUUCUCACCCACUGCGAUCUGAACUUGGGAAAUAUCAUGGUUAAGGACGGCGCCUUGGUAGGCAUACUCGACUGGGAGUUUGCUGCCUAUUAUCCUGUUUGGUAUGAAUGCGUUUCGGCGUCUUGGAGGUGGACUGAGGAUGAUGCGGCGUGGAAAAGAAUGCUGCAAGAGCGAUUUAAUGCUCAUGGAGAUGGACAUGAAGAUGCGAAGAGUUUCUGGAUGGAUUUGCGUCGUUUGAGGAAGUUCCCUGAUUUGGAUGAAAAGGGCCAGGAGGUUUUGGAGAGGUUGUCUUCAGCAUAA